UAGAGGAAAGAAACGGGGAGGCAGGAAUAAUGGGAGGGCAGGGAGGAACCUGGGUACAGACCCCACCCCUGGCUCAUGUGACCAGGGAAGUGAUCUUGGCCCAGGAGGAGGCUCAGUGCACAGGGAGGAGGAACAGCACAUCCCACUCACCAGGACAGCCGUGUUUGUGAGCAUUUCUAGAAUCCAAGAUCUCCCCACAGAACGAGGGACAGAGCAGCAGACACCAUGGAGUCCCCCUCAGCCCCUGCCCACAGAGGACUUGUCCCCAGGCAGGGGCUCCUGCUGGCUGCCUCACUCUUAACCCUCUGGAGCCUGCCCACCACUGCCCAGCUCACUAUUGAAUCAGUGCCGCCCAGUGCUGCCGAAGGGAAGGAUGUGCUUCUCCGUGCCCACAACCUGCCUGGGGAUCUUGGAGGCUAUGCCUGGUACAAAGGGGAAACAGUGGACAGCAACCAUAAAAUUGUAUCAUAUGUAAUAGACACUCAAAAAAUUACCUACGGACCUGCAUACAGUGAUCGAGAGAAAAUAUAUCCCAAUGGAUCCCUGCUGUUUCAGAACGUCACCCGGAAGGACACAGGAUACUAUAUCCUACUAGCCAUAGACAAAAAUUUUCUGAGCAAAUCAGUAACUGGACAGCUCCGUGUAUACCGUGCUGAGAGCCAUGUCCAUCUAUUUGACCACUUGUCCCUAAAGCCCCCUCAGGAGCCAAGUCCCUUAGUGACUAUGGGGCUGUUCCACUGGGGGAGGUUUUCCAGGCUGCACUGCUCCUGCCCUAGGGCAGCUGUGGGCUCUUGGUCCCUGGGGUCUUUGAAAUCACCUGUGACCCCCACUUCUCACCAAGGACAUUCUGCCUCUCUCUGCUCCUUCCGUGUCCCUUAUCUGCCUCCUCCUUUCCUCCAGACACACUGCCCUGCUCUGCUCUGCUUCCACAACCAUGCAGUCUCCCCAGAUUGUCCUGCUAACGCCUGUGUCCAGGCCCACCCUUCCGGACAAUAGGAAAGGACACAGAAAUCAGUGGGAGCAACAGCCUCGGCUCCAUCAUG